AUGAAGUCAGUAAUUGUCGACCGGCCAGCUCCUGCGGAUGAUCGACAGGGCGAAGUUGAAGCAGACCUACAAUUCUUACUCGACGCUCAGGCCGAGGGACUUGUGAAUGGCUUUGGCGGCGAAGCGGAUGAUCUUUCGUCUACUGGAAGCACCACUCCUACUGCGCAGAGCAUGCGGAGUGCUUCUGCAAGACGAAAGGCACGAGCUGCCACAAAGACACCGAGUUUGCGGAAAGCUAGGAAAGGGAUCUACAACAGCAUAAUAGCACUGUCUGCUGUCAAGGAUGAAGAGCUGCAAAUAGUCGACGAAGAGGCCGCGGAACAGCAGAGGACACUUGUGCAGAUCGAUGAUUGGGAGCAGAAACGGCAGGGGUUACAGGAAGCGAUGAGGAAUGUCAAUGAUGGCGAAGAGACGUUUCGUGCGCAACGGCUGAGGCGCGAGGCAGAUGCUAUGCAGGAACAGAUCAAUGCAGUGGAAUUGCAACUUGCAGAUCUACAAAGCCGACAAAGAAAGCUUCUGCGACAAGCAGCCGCAGCUGAGAACGCUGUGCAGGCGAGGAUGGCUUCCUAUACCUCCUCUCGGAGUAUGCUAGAAGCCGAUGUGCAGAGGUUUCUCUCCUUGCAUUCUACGGGUGAUCGGUCUCACAGUGACGAACAUUCGAGACCUGACCGCGUGGCUAAGCAAACAAACCUUCACGCAGCGCGCGAGCAGUGUCAAGCCGACCGGAAGGUCGCGUUGCAGCACCAUCAGGAUAUCGAGAACGAGAAAUCGGCGCUGAAUGGGGGCGCUGCAGUCUGGCAAGACGUUGUCGCGCACGUUACAGACUUCGAGAAGCGCUUGCGAGCGAGUCUGACUGAGUUCUCCAACUCGCAGUCAGCAUGGGAUGAACCAACAUCGCAGCCUCCGAACAACGACCAGUCGACGAAAGAUCUGCUUGGAAAUCUGGAAAGCGUCUUGGCCCAUAUCGAAGCAAAGUACAGCCUGGCUGAGGAGCGAGACUGGAAAUUGUUGAUAGCUGCGAUCGGAGCCGAAGUAGAUGCUUUACGACGAGGUCGAGAUCUUUUACAGAAUAUUUUGCACGUCGCAUCUUCGCAUGGAGUGGAAGGGGAAGGUGAUGAGUUAGUGGACACUGGGAGUCCUGUCAGUGUCAAGGAUGGUGAAGAUGGCAACGCUAUUCAUGAGCUCGAUAAGAGCUUCGAAACGGCGCGACGUCCUUCACAACGGCAAGCCAGAUCUGACAGUAGUGAGGAUGGUGGACCUGAUCCCGAGUUACUGUUUUCGAGGCAGGAUCUUGAUCGAUAG